AUGUCUAUCUCAUUGCUCAAAAGGUAUCUACCGAUAUCACUGGCACUCCUUCUCUUCUACGGCAGCGCCUCGCGAUUUACCCAUGGCGCAACAUCAACAGCAUCUUUCUAUCAAUAUCAAAAUGAUCGAAGUCCCGAUAAUGGGUCAACUCUUUCCCGUGUCAUCCCUGUCUUCGAUGUUAUCGUUGGAACUGCCAUUCUACAGCAAGGACUGUCACGCAAAGUUGCAACUUGCUUUGUGGCAUCGACCAUCACCAGUGUAGCUGUUCAGCGUUAUUUGGCGGGAUUGGAUUGUCAAGGGGACUUUCUACAGGGUAUUUGGGCGACUGCUGCAGCUAUUGCGACUCUGCUCGCUGUGAAGCAAUACGUCCCCCACGACAGCCCCAAUCCUCAACCUGGUGAUGUGACCAUUAUCGGUGCUCAUGCAAAUGGUUUUCCAAAGGAACUAUAUGAGCCGCUAUGGGAUGAGUUGUAUGACCGAGCAAGACAACAAGAUCUCAGGAUACGAUCGAUAUGGAUCGCAGAUGUAUGGAAUCAAGGUCAAUCAGGGGCUAUCAACGAGAGAGUGCUCGGAAAUGAUCUCAGUUGGUUUGACCACGCAAGAGAUCUGAUGACGCUCAUCAACCAGCACCAACGAGACAUUCCUCAUCCUAUCGUUGGCAUUGGUCAUAGUAUGGGUGGAACUCAGCUGGCACAGCUAGCACUCUGGCACCCUCGGCUCUUGGACUCGUUAGUACUUAUUGACCCCAUCAUCCAAAUUCCAAACCCAAGCAUUUCCCUAGCCGGUCUUUCUACAAAGAGGCGAGAUAUCUGGCCAUCAAGAGAAGAUGCUGUUGCAAGAUUCAAGAAGAGCAAGUUCUUCCAGUCUUGGGAUCCUCGUGUUCUUGACCUUUGGAUAGAACAUGGGCUUCGAGAUGUUCCGACUGAGCUUUAUCCGAAAGAAGGGGGUUCAAGUCCAGGUGAGCGAGUUACGCUCACGACAUCAAAGCAUCAAGAGCUCUUCAGCUUCGUUCGACCGACAUAUUUAGCAAGAGACUGGGAACAUUUCAACGAUCAAGACCCAGAACAGAAUAAAGACUGCCCUGAGUACCCAUUUCAUCGCCCAGAGCCACCAAAGAUAUUUCGCCACUUACCCGAGCUUCGACCAAGUACUUUAUUCGUCUUCGGAAAGCAAUCAGAGUUUUCAUCACCUGAGCGACGACAGGAGAAAAUGCUAGCGACAGGCACCGGAGUUGGGGGCAGCGGAGGCGCAGCUGCUGGUAGAGUUCAAGAGGAGACUCUUGACUGUGGCCAUUUGAUAACCAUGGAGAAGGUUUCCGAGUGCGCAGAUGUCAUCUCUUCAUUCGUCGGGAAAGAAAUUAGACACUGGCGUGAUCAGCAGGAAUCUUUCAAGAGGUACCGUAAAAGCAUGCUGAGACGACAACAAAUUACGAUCGAUGAACAGUGGGAGGACAAGGUUAAGCUUGGUGAUAAAUACUUAAAGUCAUAG